UGUGGGCCGGAGGGGGUCGGUCCUCCAGUAUCCCACAACACCCUGCGCGCCCUCCGCGUCCCAGUGCCCCCAGUAUGGACCAGUACAUCGUGCUGGGCCGCAUCGGGGAGGGCGCUCACGGCGUCGUCUUCAAGGCCAAGGACAGGAAGACCGGGGAGCUGGUGGCGCUGAAGAAGGUCCCUUUGCGGCGCCCCGAGGACGGGCUCCCCCCCCAGACCCUGCGUGAGAUCAAGGCCCUGCGCCACAUCGAGGAGCACCCACAUGUUGUCCGCCUGGGGGCGGUGUUCGCCGCGGGUCCCGCCGUGGUCCUGGCGCUGGAGCUGCUGGUCGGGGACCUGGGGGGGCUCCUGCGCUCGGCCCCGGCGCCGUUGUCCCCCCCCCGGGUGCGAGCACUGCUCGCCAUGACCCUGCGGGGGCUCAGCCACUGCCACCGGCACCACGUGAUGCACAGAGACCUGAAGCCAGCAAACCUGCUGCUGGACGCCCGCGGCCGCCUUAAGCUGGGGGACAUGGGGCUGGCGCGAGUGCUGGGACCCCCCUGCACCCGGCCCUAUAGCCACCAAGUGGCCACCAGGUGGUAUCGAGCCCCUGAGCUGCUCUAUGGCGCCCGCGACUAUGAUGAAGGGGUUGAUAUAUGGGCCGUGGGCUGCAUCUUUGGGGAGCUGCUGAACCUGUCACCGCUGUUCCCGGGAGACAAUGACAUCGAGCAGCUCUGCUGUGUCCUGCGAGCACUCGGCACCCCCAGCCCCAGCGCCUGGCCUGAGCUGCGCGCGCUGCCCGACUACCCGAAGCUGCGUUUCGCGCGCUGGGCGCCCGCGCCGCUGGAGCAGCUCGUGCCGGGGGCGGGGCCGCUCGCGCGGGACCUGCUGCGGCGCCUCCUGCGCCUCCCCCCGGCGCGGCGGCCGCGCGCAGAGCAGGCCCUGCUGCACCCCUACUUCUUCGGCCCAAUGGAGCUGACCCCACCACCACCACAAGGGGGGGCCCGGCCCCCCCCCAACUUCGACCUGGACACCCCAUUGCUACCGGCUCUGCCCCCCCCCCAGCGCCCUGCGGCCCCCUCCUUGAGCCCCCAAUGAGCCCCCAUUGAUGGGGUCCCCUUUGGGGAGGGGAGCCUAGUGCCUUGGGGGGGGGGGCACCCAGUUGUAUGGGUGCCCCCCCCCCCCAACCCCCAAAAUGGGGCCAAAAAUGGUGAAAAUGGACAUUUUGACCCCGGAAAUGUCCAAUUUGGGGCUAAAAACGGCGAUUUUGGGGGCGAAGACA